AGGGGGCGGGGCGAGGCUGAAACUCCUGGGCGACAGCGACCGCUGCUGAUGUUUUAGUGGACACGUAGGGCUGGGGUCUGGGUGAAGGAUUAAGUGUGGUUGAGCAAACUCGCGGAGCUGAAAGGGAGGGUCUCGAAGGAGCUGGCGGCGACGUCCGGAUCUAGGACGGAGGAUUCUGCUGUUGAUUUUCAGCCUUUCCUAGGAAGAUGAAUCAUCUUGGAAUGGGACACAAUCAUGUGAUGAGCCAUAUGGGCGAUAAUAGCACUAUGCCCCCCAAUCAUCAAUCAUCCUCUACACCCUCUCACAGUCAUGGUGGAGGUGGGGGUGACAUGAUGAUGAUGCCCAUGACCUUCUAUUUUGGCUAUAAGAAUGUGGAAUUGCUGUUUUCUGGAUUAGUGAUCAAUACACCUGGGGAAAUGGCUGGGGCAUUUGUGGCUAUCUUUUUGUUAGCAAUGUUCUAUGAAGGCCUCAAGAUAGCCCGGGAGAGCUUGCUGCGUAAGUCUCAGGUCAGCAUUCGCUACAACUCCAUGCCAGUCCCAGGACCAAAUGGAACUAUACUUAUGGAAACACACAAAACUGUUGGGCAACAGAUGCUGAGUUUCCCUCACCUUCUGCAGACAGUGCUGCAUGUCAUCCAGGUGGUCGUUAGCUACUUCCUUAUGCUUAUCUUCAUGACCUACAAUGGGUACCUCUGCAUCGCAGUGGCAGCAGGGGCUGGAACAGGCUAUUUUCUCUUCAGCUGGAAGAAGGCAGUGGUAGUAGACAUCACAGAGCACUGCCAUUAAUGUCAGAUUCUAGGAUGUGGCCUUAUUUUCCACAAUGGGAAGUAGCUGGAGACUGGGGGAGUUGAUUUCAAGCCUUCCCAUUGUCCCUCUAUGGCCCCUUGCCUCCCAACACUUGCCUAGACAACAAAUCAAGGAGGUUUACAUAACCUCCAAGCUGGUUGGUGCCCUCCCCAAACUGUUGAUUUCUGAGACUGAGAUCCUCAGUUCUCCACUAAUCAAGGUAGCUUUUUGUUCUAAUGAUUUCUUGAUCAUCUAUUUCGCUUUUUAAUCUCUUGUGUUGUUAUCAUUAUUAUUAUUAUUACUAUGACAAUUUUGUGGACAAGUGGUCAUUUCUGGGUCAUAGUGGAGGUUGUUUGAAACUCCUACCCACCACCAUAACACUAGAACAUAUCCUCCAGUUGUUGGACUGAGUGAGUGGGGAAAUAGGGUGUGCCUUUACCGAGGUGUGAAGUGAUACGUGGCAAUCUGAGGAUUUGAAGAAGGAUUUUUGAGUGGAAUAAAGGUGCGAUAGCAUAAAGAAAUGUUCCCUUGCAUAGCAAAGGUCCGGGUCAGAAGGUUUUGCCUCCAUUUGUUUUUUCAUUCUUAUCUCACCAAUCACACAAUUGACAAUCAACUGAAUAAUAGGAAAUGUUUUCAAAUAAAACCAUUGGCAUCUUUUCAUCUCGCUCCCUUAGUUGAUCAUAACUUCAUGAAAUGAAAAUUCUUGUGUGCCGUAGCUUUUCCUUUACUCAUUAUCUAAGGGAGGCAGAAUCACUACACUAGUCCUCUAAAUGAUUACACCUCUCUACUCAUUCUGCUGGCCACACCUUAGCUGGCUGAGUCACAGCAUAUGGAAAAAUCACUGUUCUGUAUUUUCAAAUGUUGAAAGUGGUUCUUAGAAGGGACCUGGAGGUGAAGAGAACCCAGCCCUUCCCCAUCUCCCCUCCCCCAGCCUGUGUUGUCACUAACUGUAGUGAACCUGUCAGUUAGUCCUGGCUAGUAGGGCUGUGUGUUAAUAGAAGCACAAGGUCUAUCUUUACCUUAGACAGGUCUGCUUUUGACCUGGGACAACCUUUAGCUCAGCCUCCGUGUAACUUUUUUUAUUUCAUUUGAGGACCUGAUGUAGAUUACUUCUUUCUGUUGUGAUGGAGCCUUUCCCCAGCCUUUUCUCAUAAAGGAUCCAUUUAUCUGUUCAUCCUUGUUGUUGAACUUAAACUUUGCAAAGUCCAUACUACCUCUAUAAGUAAAUCUUCCUGAGCUGACCUAAUAAAUUCUACCCUCCAUGGUGCUUGAUAUUCUCAUUAUGCCCUCGGGGAAAAGAGACAAAGUACAACUGCUCUGGUGGUUUUAAGUCUGUACUCUUCCUAGAAAGUGCUGUACCCUUUUAUGAUUGUAGGUACUCACUGGGCUUCAAUACAAGGGAGGCAGUGGGGGAGGUGAUGCUCCCAGUGGAAAGAGCUGGGGUGUGGAGUAGUGGACCUGGCUUCAUAUCCCUACUCUGCUCCUUGCACCUGGGUCUCCUCAUUUGUAAAAUAAAGGGGUCAGACUAGAUGACCUAAGGUCCCUCCCUGCUCUAAAUCUGUGAUCCUAUAAUCUUAAAAUACUUUUCCAAUGAAUUCCAACCCAGGCCUGUUUUGGAGUAUGUUCCCAAAAUCUUCCUUAAUAAUCAUAGGAAACUUACUUUGGCUUCACUUCUAGCCUAGUUGGCUAUUGAAGAACUCUAAAGAAAUUCCCUUUGAUCAUUUACAUAGUAGAUCCAAACAAGUAACUUUAAGGAGGCCAAAGGAGUAAGUUACUGAUCUUCUUUGGAAUUAGCCUUACUCUCAUCAGUUUUCUCUACUUAGUAUCAUAAAUUGUUUCACCUGUUGGGCAUUAGAAGUGCUUAGCAGCAGUUAGAUAAAUGUUUUUAUAGAUCUGUCUGGUAAAAUCAGCUCCCUGAAAAGCCACAAAGAAGUAAGUGCCUAUGGCUGGAGAGUGUACCCAGAACUCUCUGCCCACAAUCCAGAACCUAUACUAUUCAUUGUCCCUCCCAUCUCCUUGCACUUUUAAAGCCAUGUGGGAUUAUUGAAGGUUGUAAAUUAAUGGCAUUAAAGUUGAGCUUGAGCCAGAACCAGAUGGUGCUGUGUAAUUAUCUCAUAAUUACAUUUCUGGGACUUGAAUCACCUGAGCAUGUGCCGAGCAUGUGACAAUAAUUUACCAAGGAAACCACUACAGUACAACACUAAGGAUUUAAUAUCCUAUAAUCUGACAUCGAGGAAUAUUGAAACUAUUACAAUAGUAAUGACCAAGGUACUGAAAUAAAAACCAUUGAUUUCAGUUUCAGCCCCAUUGCUUUCAAGGAGUUUUAGCCUAGACAGGAAGACAAGGGACCAAGCCCAGAAAAGUAAACGUCGUAUUUAAGGUUCCCAGAGGGAAAACCAUUCCUUAGCUUCAGUUUCUUGAUUGCAUUUAUGCCAUUCGAAAGACUCAGCAAGAAAUGAUCGUUUUGUUGAAACAUCUUUUCCUUCCCCACUGAGAGUUUUGAUUGUGGCAUUACAGUAGCCCAGCCCAGCCUUUACUACCUUAUUUCCAAUCCUCAUUCAUUAGUAUGCUAUACCAUUAACUUAUCCUACUUCUGUUUGACUCUUCCGACCCCUUUUGAUUUCUCCCCAUUGUUACUUUCCUAUGCAGCUCGAAAUGGGUAGUUAUUACCAUGUGGGUUUUCUUACAAGUACAGAUUGAAACCUAUCUACUACCAUACUUCAUCAAAUUUGCCUCGAGUUAAUGAUUAAUGAUUGCAAACAUUGGACAUGGUUCCCAAGAGUUGAUGAGGACCUCUGGAUAUGGGUAUAUAAAUAGCUCUCUGCUGAUCUGGGGUUGAAAAACUGAAUCACAGCUAUACAUCUGAAUGCAUAAAUCCUAUCACUGGACAUUUUGCAUUAAGGAAUGAAUGAAAGAUUAAAAUGUUGAGCUGUAUGGUAGAUGCAGUGAGUGGCAGCCACAUGGCCAUUGUGGAAAAGUGGGCAGACCUUGAGUCUGAUUCUGCCCAUUAGUUUGAGUUCUUCAUGAGUCGGUGUCAACUACAGGGUUAUAGAUUAAGGUUUUCUCAUCAUGGCUCUAGGAGUAUUAGUUUCCCAUUCCAUUUGGGGGUGUCAUUUGUCACCCUGCUGGAGAGCCCCUCAUUUUAGCAGCACCUCCAGCCACCAAAGGGUUCCUCAUUGAGUGUAUGGUCACCUAAAGAUGCAGCCUCUUUUCCCUCCUAACUUAAUUUUGAUCCUGUUACCUCUCGUGCUUCCUUCAGUCAGACGUGUCAACCAGAGCAAAAAAAAUUAAUUUUACAAAUGCCUUAUUCAGUGUGUCUACAUUGAUAUUGUCCAUUUUAGAUUGUAAGCUCCUUGAGAGCAGUUUUGCUGUUACACAGCAUGUUAAACUUGCUGUAGAGUGCCUAACAGUGCCAUGUGCAAAAGAACACAUAAUAAAUAUUUUGAUUCUG